AUGACAAUAACAACGCUUAACACCAAAAACGAGAAAGAUUCCAAAGAUUACAAUACAAACAACAUAAUGAAUAUAGAUGAUCAUCAUCGACAACAACAACAACAACAGCAGCAGCUGGAUCAGCAUGAUGAAUGCCACAGUGAUGCUGCAUCAUCACCCAAACGCUUAACAAAAGAGACUGAUAAUGACUUGAAUGAAACUGCAACAACAAAAACUACCACAAUCGAUCACGACAGUGAUAACGAAGAUAUGGACGACAGUAAACCACCAAUGCAUAAAAGACAAAAAAUGGAUAUAACAUCCCACGAAGAAGACAGAGAGACCGAAGAAAGGCGAUCCAGCACACCAGCUUCCUCGCCAAAUCCCAUGGAUGCGGAAAAUAUUCACCAGGAUGACGAUGAAGACAGCCAUAGUAAAAAUCGCAAAUCCUGCAGUCCAACAGCAAGUCCCUCUCAAAAUACUUCCACCUCCAGUCCGGCAAAAUCGGAGGAGAAUGAUCAGCAGCAAAGACUAACCACCACCUCACCAUCAUCACAGGUUAUGCCGAAAUUGAGAUUAAAUGCUCUGUUGGCUUCGGAUCCCGCAUUAAUGCCAGAUGCCAAAGAUUUGAAGGUGGUGCAUGAAUCGCAGACACAGCAAAGGAAACAACAACGUUUACAGCAGCAACAACAACAGCAGCACCUUGAACGGGAAAUUGAUUCUCCAACACCGCUCUUGGUUCCUAGCGGUGGCGGCGUUCCACCAAUUGUGGAGCCUUUAAUACCGGCCAAAGCCACACCAGCGCCCGUGGAGGUUGCAGCACCACGCAUGAAAGUGUUUAUGUGUGUGCCCUGUGGCAUUGGCUUCAGCUCACCCUCUACCCUGGAGGCCCAUCAGUCGUACUAUUGUUCACAUCGCCAUAAGGACAACGAUGAAGACACCGUGCCAUCAGCAGCCGCUGCCGAUAAAUCUUCCACCUCACCUGCAGCUCAGGCCAUAAAUACCGCACCCACCACUGUGGGUGCUAAUAGCGGAGGUUCCGAACCCGCCGCCAAGGCUCCAAAGACUGGCAAACAAUACGCUUGCACCCAAUGUUCCUAUAGUGCCGACAAAAAGGUCUCACUCAAUCGCCAUAUGCGUAUGCAUCAGACCUCCCCAGCACCCAGCUCGAAUUCAAAUAGUGGCCCAGCAGCUGCUAACCUAAUGGAAGACAAUACUAGUCAACAAAUCGAUCGCUAUUGCAGUGACUGUGAUAUUCGCUUCAAUAAUGUGAAGACCUAUAGGGCCCACAAACAACAUUAUUGCAGUUCAAGACGUACCGAUGGCCAGCUGACACCAAAAUUGGAAGUAUCCACAGCGGGAGCAGCAGCUUCCACCACACCCAAAGCCAAUUCUGUACAUUCGGGUGCCAUCAGUCCCCAGACAAGAACUAAAACUCCCACCCCGGCCAUGGUGGCAGCAGCCGCCGCUGCAGCAGCUGCUGCCGCAGCCUUGCAACAACCACCCACAACACCAUUUCUGGCAUUGCCCACAAAUCCAAUUUUGAUAAUACCCUACUCGUUGAUACGUUCGGCCAGUUUGAUUGCGGGACCACUACAAUCUCCUUCAGCCUCUGUGGUAAAUCCCGACACAACAUGUUUCACCUUGGAUGGUGGCCAAUUGAAACCCUUGGCUACAGCUUUAAAUAUUAAUGCCCUGAGUGCGGCCAAUAAUUUGGUUGGACAAGCCGCCGCAUCUAAUUCGGUAUCACAACAAUCGGCAGCGGCAAUGGUUGAGUCGGCACGACAGCAGCAAUCGUCCUCGGCCUCGUCUUCGAAUGAAAGUCUAUUGACUGAGAAAAAUAUUCGCCGCAAUAUUGAAGAGCCCUCGGAGAAUACACCCAAACGCAAGGGGGAAGGUGGAUUGAGAGAUUCGGCACCCUUGGAUUUAUCCUUGCGUCGUUCACCCAUUGCCGCAUUGCUGCAAAGACAACAACGUUUAAAUGCAGCAGCAGCAGCUGCUGCUGCAGCCUCAUUUCUUGACACCUCUGCCGGAGGGGAACAUUCAAAUCGUUUGGAUAUGGAAACCCUACUCGAAGCAGGCAAGGAAAAUCUGGUACUAGAUGAUACUGGCAGCAUAACACCCGAACAAAUUGUUUGCGCACCCUCAUUGCCCAACAGCCCUUCAAUGAGUCCCUCACCAAGACGCCGAACCACCAGCCCAAGAAGUUCUGGGGCUGGCAGUACCUCCUCCAUGUCACCACCAGCCACAAUACCACCAACUGCCAGCGCUGCAGCAAAUCCUACAAAUAUUUUCGAUAAUCUACACUUGAGAUCUAUGCUGCCGGCAGAAUUAUUGAAUCCUUUAUUGGCCAAUAAAAAUUUAGAAUUGGCGCUUAAACUUUCGGCUGCAGCAGCAGCGGCUGCUGUCAGCUCUUCGAAUAAUGCAGCGGCGGGGCAAUCCUCCGGACCUACCACACCGGCUGAAUUGGCUGCAGCUGCUGUUGCAGCGGCUGCCUCCGGACGUGGAGCAUUGUUGGGACUACCCGUUUUACCACCAACAGCACCGGCCGCGGGCCCCACCACCCAACCAGCAACACCAGCUGCCGCCAAUCAACCCCAAAUUUAUGUCAAACAAGGUGUAUCCAAAUGCAAGGAAUGCAAUAUUGUAUUUUGUAAAUAUGAGAACUAUUUGGCGCACAAGCAACACUAUUGUUCGGCUCGCAACCAGGAGGCCAGUGAGGGAGAGACAAAAAUCUCUUCCACCCCACCAAUGGCAACGGCUGCAUCGCCGGCCGAAACAACACCGGUAGCUUAUCAGCAAUUGAUUUGUGCUGCCUGUGGCAUUAAAUAUACCUCGCUGGAUAAUUUGAGGGCCCAUCAAAAUUACUAUUGUCCCAAGGGAGGUGGUGCUGUGGCCGCAGCUGCUGCAGCGGCGGCGGCAGCCGUUGCUGUUGCCAAUCCCGAAGCCGUGGUUUUGCCAGCCAAAGAAAAAUGCGCCAAAUGUAAAACGGUACAUGAAUUUGGUCUACCAUGUCCACCACCAGCGGCUUUGGUCCAACAGCCAGCCGCACAAACACCCAUUGCACCACCACCACCAUCAGCUGCUGCAAGUGUUGCCAACACCGCCACGGGUAAUAACUCGUCUUCUUCGGCGGCCACAAGCCAUAAUCAAAAUGUCUAUAAAUGUCCACUGUGUGAUGCUGUUAGUUUAACGGCCAGUGAGAGUCGUAAACACAUGGAGACCCACGGUACCGUCAAGGCAUUCCGAUGUACCAUAUGCCGCUACAAAGGCAAUACAUUGAGAGGCAUGCGCACCCACAUACGCAUGCAUUUCGACAAAAAAUCCACCGAUCUGAAUGAGGAACACUUCAUGGCCUGCAUUUUGGAAGAUGAAUCGAUUGAGAUACCCAGUGCUGCAUCGCUGAAUCAAGAACAUUUGGUGCAACAGCAUCAGCAGCAACAAAAACAUUUACAGCAACAAGUUGCCGCUGCAGCGGCGGUGGCUGCGGCAGCUGGCCUUCAACAACAGCAGCAACAUCAACAGCAAUCGCAGCAGUCUCAGACACCCCAGCAGGUGUUCAAUUGUGAUAUUUGUAAUUAUUCAUCUACAUAUAAAGGCAAUGUGUUGCGUCACAUGAAAUUGGUACAUCCUCACAUAAUAACCAAUUCACCAUCCAUAUCUCCAGAAGCUGGAGAUUUAGAUGCUGCCGAAACCAAUUCAUUGAGUGGCAGCCACAAUGGGGACAAUGGACUUAAUAGUUUCACCAUAAAAUCCGAACCCUUGGAUCAUCCGACUGGUGGCAAUACAACCCCUGUCAUCUUACUAAAUCCUCAUGAUAACAACAAUUCUCCCUUGCCACCCAGCAUGGGACAACAUCCCGCCGUACUUGGUGGUGGUAAUGAUUUUAUUUCACAUCACAUUAAAACUGAACCAAUGGAUAUUGUUGGUGGUAUGGGUGGCGAAGGACACGGAGUAGUACCACCUCCACCCUCUACAAUUAGCAUGAGUAUUACACCGGCGGCGUUACGUUCACCCGCAAUUGGACCACCACCACCGCUAAAUGCCACACCCGAAGAAAAUAUCAAUAAUCAAAAAUAUUGCCAGACAUGUGAUAUCUCGUUCAAUUAUAUGAAAACCUAUUUGGCCCAUAAACAAUUCUAUUGUAAAAAUAAAAUGCGUCGACCCGACGCGAAUGAUAGUCCAAGUCCAAAUGCAGCCGGAUCACCCACCAAUAAUGCUUUGAUGUUGCAAAAAAAUAAAGAAAAUUUACAGCAGGAGGCUGCCAUUUGA